CAAACUUAUUCAGGGGCUGUGCAGGAAACCGAGGGGCAUCUUUUUUUAUGCGUCGACAUAGUCCUUACGUGAUUUGGUGGCAAGCAUCUAUAUAAGCUGUCCUGUCUGUGAAGUGCCUUGAUAUUUCAUCAUACCUACAGUAGACACCAUCGACAGGCAAAUAUUCCAAGAAGACAAACGACUGGUAUCUCGGCCAUCAUCCCUGCAAAAUUCUACAUCUUUUGCCGAAUCCAAAAUAUCACCACCACUACACACAAACAGUCAUGGCGCAAAGACUUGCUGCUUGCUACCAAUGGAUCAAGGCUGCCGGUGGAAGAAGCAGCUUUUACAACAAAAUCAGCAACAGGGGCACGCCAUAUAAGAAGAUUGUGGGAGAGCCUGCUUUGGCCCAAAACCAAGACCUCUUUAACGACAAUGUCCCGCUGCUUGACUGAUGCCUGAAGCAUGCCUUAAAUGAAUGCAGAGGAAAUGUCGAUAAGCUGCUACGGCAUUAUGAGAAUCACGAUUUAUACACGGACUAUCACGGAUGCUUUGGCGUUCUUUGGUUAUACAGGGAUAGGGGCAUCAUACUAGGCUAAGGAAUACAGUUGACACUGCUGG